AUGGCGCAGGAUACCAUCAAUGGGAAGUCUACAAGUCGGAGCUUGUUACAUUUUUCAAGGUUAGCAUUCGAUCAUGUUCUGGCUGCUUUCCCCCGAGUUCUUCUACUUCGUAUCUCAUACGUAGCGACGCUUUUUUACGCACCCAUGGCCUUCUUCGUUAAAGUUGCUUUACUUGCGAUCUUGGCUCGGAUCUUUGCACCCUCGCGCAAAGUGGUUAUCGUCGUAUACGCCAUUCUCGCGAUCGUGAUGGGUUACUAUCUUCCGGCUUUCAUCAUCAAGGUCCGAAUAUGUAUGCCAAUCUCGGCCUACUGGGAGGGCACUGAACACGGCGGCUCGUGCCUCAAUCAAGGUGCCGUUAUUACUGCAGACUCGGUGAUGAGCGUCGUGACCGAUCUGGCGAUUCUUAUCCUGCCCCUGCCCUUGACGUGGUCUCUCCACAUGUCAAUGGAGAGAAAGCUCAAGAUUAUUGAUCUCUUGAGUGCUGGAGGUCUUGCGACUGGAUUCAGUCUUUAUCGACUGGUCAUGAUCGUGAAAGAUGGCGAUUCUCCGGAUCAGACGAUUGUCUUCACCCGAGUCGUGCUCACGGGCAAUGCCGAAGGCGGCGUCGGGUUGAUCUGCGCCUGCCUCCCUGCCUUGAACGUUCUGGUCAGCCGUGUUGGCCACAGCGGACCCUCGUCGAAGAAACGAUCCCACGGUUCCGGUUAUCAGCUCAGCAAAGUGAGGAACGUUGAUGAGACAUGGAAUGAACCCGGCGCUGUGGGGAAUCAGCCAAAUCAUCCCGACUUUUGUUCCGACCAGAGCGGUUUGAUCUCCAAUGCCCAGGGUUUUCCAAAUAGUCUGUCCGCUCAGGGAGGGUCUUCUUCCAGCUUACGUGGCCUUGAGGAGACGGAUGGAAUUCGGAAGACGGUUGCAAUGUCCCAGUCGGUAGAGAUUGUGGGAAACAGAAAGAACUACCAUACUGAACCUAAACUGGGCAAGAAUCUCAUUUUAAGAGCUACUAGUCUUCGAAGGGUGUAA